AUGCCUCAAAAUGGAGCUGGUUGUCAGGAAUGUCCAAAGGCCCGAUAUAUUGCUUAUAAUACAAUUAAAGCUGGUGAAACUGUCAUCGAGGCGUUCACUAAUUUAUUGUUCAAAGAAGUUGCAUAUCAUGAUCGAACUUUCAUUGCUCACAAUGGAGGUCGAUAUGAUUUGUAUUUCAUUUUGAGCAGUAUUUAUCACAAGUGUCUGGGCCGUCUCAGCAUCAUCGCGCAAGGUCGGAAUAUCCUGUCAGCUUCUGUGGACAUCAAAAAUAGCUCGAAAAAUCAAAGUGCAAUUAGGAAGGAACGUAAUUACGUGAAAAAAACUAUUGGAGAAAAACACCCUCGCUGAACUUGAUGCUCGACAAAAAAACGAACAAUGGGAUUCGACAAGAUUCGAUUUGUUGAUAGUUUCAAUUUCCUGAACAUGUCGUUAGAAUUUAGAGCCAAAAGCGUUAGAGCCAAAAGCUUUCGGAUUCGAUGAAGAUGUAAAAGGAUUCUUCCCCUAUUUUUUCAAUCUGAAAGAAAAUUACGGCAAAGUUUUCGAUAGUCAUCCUCCUAUCCAUUUCUAUGCUCCAGAUUCAUACAAAGUCGAGAAGAGAAUGAAAUUGGAAGAAUAUUUGGAAGAAGUCAAAGAUGAGGAAUUCGAUUUCGACAAGAAUAUCAUGGAUUAUUGCGUUUCGGAUGUAAAUGUGCUUUGUCGAGCUGUCUGCUUGUUCAUAAUAGUGAGUUUGUCAUAUUAGAAAUAAAAAUCUAAUUCAACAAAAUUUUCAGAACUCCAAGGCAAAAUUAUACGAUAUAAAUCCAAUGGAAGUCGGAAUCACAACCGCUUCAUAUGUCAAGUUCUUGUUGACGCAGAAGUGUAUCAAGAAUGGCGACAUCGGGAUUAUUAGUGAAUUAGGAUUUGGCGGAGUUAAUCAAUCUGAUUUGGCGAUGUAG